AUGUUGUCAAGCAGUCGUGGGACGGUGGAAGACUUCUUCCUGGCUGGCCGGAAGAUAGUAUGGUGGCCGGUGGGCUCUUCUCUUUAUGCUUCGCACGUUGGCAGCAGCUACCUUUUGGGCCUGGCUGGGAUCGGAGCAUCUUCAGGGGUUGCUAUUGGGGCCUUCGAGUGGAAUGCUCCAUUUCUGCUCUUGAUUCUUGGUUGGGUAUUUGUUCCCAUUUACAUUAAGGCUGGGGUAGUGACCAUGCCACAAUAUUUACGGAAGAGGUUUGGUGGCCACCGGAUCCAGCUCUUCCUCUCCUUUCUAACUUUAUUCCUCUAUAUUUUCAAUAGGAUCUCGGUGGAUAUCUUCUCGGGUGCUGUGUUUAUGAGGCUGGUGAUGGGGUUGGAUGUGUACCUGGUCGUCUUUAUCGUGGUGACAGUGGCUGGCAUGUACACCAUCACAGGUGGUUUAGCCGCCGUGGUGUAUACCGACACCUUGCAAGCUGUGAUUAUGCUUUUGGGAUUCAUCGUGUUAAUGGUCUUUGCCUUUAAGGAAGUAGGAGGAUACCAGGGCCUACGGGAGGAGUACCUGCACGCCAUCCCGAGUGUCGUCAGUGAAGGGAACUGGACUGCCAAGCCGGAAUGCUACAGCCCUCGGCCGGAUUCUUUCCAUAUCUUCCGAGACGCUGUCAGUGGAGACCUUCCCUGGCCUGGAAUUGUCUUUGGCCUCCCCAUCCUCUCCUUGUACUCCUGGUGCACUGAUCAGGUGAUUGUCCAGCGGUGCUUGGCAGCCAAGAGCAUCUCUCACGUGGAGGCUGGCUGCAUCCUGUGUGGGUACCUGAAGCUGCUGUCCAUGUUCACUCUGGUGAUGCCAGGCAUGAUCAGCCGUGUCCUAUUCCCAGACAGAGUGGCCUGUGUUGUGCCUUCUGAAUGUCUGAAGCACUGUGGCACCCGUAGUGGCUGCAGUGCCAUUGCCUACCCAGUCCUGGUGGUGGAGCUGAUACCCAACGGCUUACGUGGUUUGAUGCUGUCAGCUUUGUGGGCCUCUCUCAUGUCCUCCCUGACUUCCAUUUUCAACAGUGCCAGCACCAUCUUCACACUGGACAUUUAUACCUGGAUGCGGCCCGUGGCCACUGAGAGGGAGAUCAUGAUCACAGGAAGGUUUUUCGUUAUUUUGUUACUGGCUGUCAGCAUUGGCUGGGUCCCCAUUGGGCUGACAUCCCACAGUGGAAAUCUGUUUGAAUACCUGCACUCAGUAACAAUUUACCUGGCUCCGCCCAUUGCUGCCCUCUUCCUGCUUGCCAUCUUUUGCAAGAGAGUCAAUGAGCAAGGCGCUUUCUGGGGCCUGAGCAGCGGGCUCCUGCUCGGCAUCUUGCGAAUGGCAGCAGAGUUUGUCUACCGGCCACAGAGCUGCGAGGGGAGCAGCACGUGCCCAGCCGUCCUCUGUCGCAUGCACUUCCUCUACUUCGCUGUGGCCCUCUUCGUGUUCACGGCCCUCGUCAUCCUGGGGAUCUCCUUCCUGACGUACCCCAUUCCCGACAAGCACCUGCACAGGCUUUGCUGGAGUUUACGCAACAGCCUAGAGGAGAGAGUGGACCUGGAUACCCUGAAGAAGGGGAAGAGGGCCCCCGAGCCCACGGCACAGCCAGGUGCACUGCAACAGAACCAGGGCUGCCUGCGGAAGGCCUGGGACAUGUUCUGUGGCCUGGAGCUGAAACCAAACCCAAGCCUGGCUCCCGGAGAGCUGACCCCCGGAGAGCUGACCCCCGGAGAGCUGAGCCCCCGAGAGCUGACCCCCGGAGAGCUGGACCCCGGAGAGCUGAAGCUGAGCCCCGGAGAGCUGGACCCCGGAGAGCUGACCCCCGGAGAGCUGAGCGCCCGAGAGCUGACCCCCGGAGAGCUGACCCCUGGAGAGCUGAGCCCCGGAGAGCUGGACCCCGGAGAGCUGACCCCGGGAGAGCUGAGCCCCCGAGAGCUGACCCCCGGAGAGCUGACCCCCGGAGAGCUGGACCCCGGAGAGCUGGACCCCGGAGAGCGAGUCUCCAAGAUUUUGAAUCAACGUGACAUGCUGAACACCCCCCUCGGGAGGAAGCUGAUCGGGGCCAGCAGGCUGCUGCUGGUCAUCCUGCUGCUCUUGGGUUACAUCUGCUUCUUCUGA